ACUUUGUACUUACUGUUAUUGCCACGAUACUUUACUAGUACUUCCUCUUCAUGUCGUCAGCAACAACAUUAUCAUCAUCAUUAACUUGUUUCUUGCUUGACCUUUGCUGCCUGGAGGGGAAAAUAUAUCCAGGGUUUAAGGUUAAUGGGAAUGGAUCAGCCUUUUGGGGGGAAUCGAGCUUUCCCUUUUGGCGGCGGGCGUCGGGUCGGAGAUACCGUCAAGAAACAAAAAAGUACGGGUUUCACUCGGGACAUUCCAUUCCACACACACACACUCUCUCUAUUCUGUGUCUGUCAUUGUGAUUCGACCAUUACUAUUUAUAUGUAGUUGUUCCAUGAAGGGAGGAGGAGAAGGAGAGAGAGCCUGGGGGAUGAUCCGACAUUCCAGAGACACGAUUCAAUGGGGGUGUGAGAUGUUUUAUCAUUGGCUCUGGGGGGUUCACGGUGAUCGGGAUGGUUCGUUGAU